GUAUCCCACACAAUGUCGUUCGACAAACCCACUACCGUUGUCUAAUUGGAUAAAAGUGUCAAUGCGCUAUGCUACCUAGAGUCUAGUUAACAACACCUUGUGAAACAAAGGGUAAUAUCCAUUAGAAUAUUCAGCAUACCCGUGAUUGCACACAAGCUUCAAUUAUCGCACUGGGACAUUGGUUUUACUGACUUUAUGCAAAAGAUGGAAUAUUGUAAAACUUUUCCACUAAAUUUAACACAAUUCUGCUUAGUUCUCCUCGCUUUAAUGACUGUAAGCAAUUGUUGCUUCAUAAGAAAUUGUCCGCCGGGCGGGAAAAGAAGUAUGGAUAUUAUAUCAAGACCAGGAAAAGCGUGUAUGGCAUGCGGACCUGGAUUGCAGGGACAAUGUGUAGGUCCUGAUAUUUGCUGCGGUCCUUUCGGUUGUUAUAUGGGUACCUCUCAGUCAAGUGUAUGCGAAAAGGAAAAUGAAAGUACUGUUGCCUGUGCUGUAUCAGGUCCUCCGUGUGGAAGUCACAAUCAAGGAAACUGUGUUGCAGACGGAAUUUGCUGUGAUCCAGGUGCGUGUUCAUUUAACAGCAAGUGCAAAUCAAAUACUGAACCAAAAGAUGUACAGAUUUUCUCUUUACUUAAAGCCUUGGGCCUUUUGGAAACGAAAGCAUAUAACAACGCUGAAAUGUCAUAGGGUGACGACGCAGUUCACCCGCCAGUUUUUCUCUCCCAUCAGAAUUUUGUCAAUAUUUGAAAGAUGAACAGUGUUAUUAUUCGGAAAAUUUUGCAGAAUUCAAAAAGCUAAACGUGUGCUGGCCAUAUUGCUUUCUUCCGGUCCUAGAAAUCAAUCAUGUUUUACCUUGACCUCUCGACUCAAGAUUACACGGUGUCCGAUUUCAGAUUUUAACAUUCCAACGAAAGGAUAUGUCCUUCGGACUUUAUCAUUUUAUGUUUUCUUUUCAUUUUCUUUAAAACUGACUUUGCUUUAACUUGUUAAAAUACUGCAUUUUAUUUCAUAACAUUGUAUGAUCUCAGAGAAAUAAAUUCUUAGUAUCUUUUCA